GUUUUGGUUAUCAGAAGUAAGUUGCCUCUACAUAAUCACUCAUAACAGGUCAUGAUGAAGAGUCAGGUAGCGCUCCUUUAUGUCCUGAUCAUUAUGAGCGAAGGAUCAGCCCAAAGCCUGAAACCCCGCCGGAGCGUUUUCUUCUCAGAUGUGAACCUGAAGCUGUUUAAGGAGCCAGACUUUAACGGUUUGAGCUCCCUGCUGGUCAGAGAAGACAUCGGUCUGCUCUUCGUCGGAGCCAGAGGAAAGGUCAUCACGCUCAGUUUGGAUGACAUCACUGUAAAAACCAGCGAGGUUAACUGGACGGUGACCUCUAAAGAAAAAGCCCUGUGUAAGGUGAAAGGCAAGAGCAUCGAGGAAUGUGACAACUACAUCAGGAUGAUGCACACUCUGGAUGAUGGCAGAAUUCUGGUUUGUGGAACCAAAGCAUUCAACCCUACCUGCACACACCUGAUGUUUGAAGAAGGAAAUGUGACCAUGGAAGACAGUUUCCAGAAUGGCAGGGGGAAAGUUCCCUUUGACCCCAACGAAAACUUUGCCUCCAUGGUGAAUGGAAACACGUUAUAUACCGCUGGUUCUAUAAACUUCCUGGGAACAGUAAAGUCUUUCCAAAGACAUGGGAGGAAUACCUUGAGGACUGAACCAAUAUGGUCUUGGCUCAAUGGACCCAACAUGAUUUCCAUGAAAUUUGCUGAAAUCAGCAAACAUUCAAACAACAACGAGGACGACAACGUGUUCUUGUUCCUCACAGAGAUCGAAAUCAAGGAUCAACACAGCAACUUGCGACUGUCAAGAGUUGCACGAGUGUGUAAAAGCGACUUGGGAGGAUUGAGAAUUUUGCAGAAAAAGUGGACUUCUUUCCUGAAAGCCCGUCUGGACUGCCCGUUUGGAGAUGAAGGUUCAGCAUCCCUGGUGCAGGACGUCUUUUUUCUCCAAGAUGAAAAUAACGUGACCAACAGCAUCUUCUACGCAACAUUCACCUUGAUCACGGAGCCAUCUAGUACCUGCAGUCAGUCCGCUGUCUGCGCCUACAAGCUGUCAGACAUCAGGCAAGUUUUCAGGGGGAACUUUCUGACCGAGACUGCUUAUGGCACCUGGGUGACGUACACAGGAGCAUUUCCUUCCCCUUAUCCUCGUUCAUGUAUUAAUGAUGAAAUGCGAGCCAGUGGUGUGAAGACCUCUUAUGACCUCCCAGACUCAACCCUGCAGUUUCUGAAGAACCAUCCUCUGAUGGAGGGAGCGGUGACGCCACUCACUGGGAAGCCCCUGCUGGUUCGGUCUAUGGCCCAGUUCUCCAAAAUUGUUGUUGACAAAGUAACCUCUCUGGAUGGAGAGCAGCACAACGUCAUGUUUAUUAGCAACAACUCUGGUUGGCUGCAGAAGGCGGUGUGGUCUGGUGAUGAUGGAGGGCGAAUCAUUGAGGAGUUGCAGCUGUUUCAGGAUCCUCAGCCCAUUCGCUUCCUUCAGCUCUCUAGAAGCGGUCAGCUGUACAGCGCAACUAGAACUGCUGUUGCUCAGCUCAGUGUGAGGGACUGCAGCCGCUACACAUCCUGUGCUGACUGCCUUAUAGCCAGAGAUCCAUACUGUGGCUGGGACCACCUCAAAGGCCUGUGUGCUGCUGUUGCUGGUGCUUCAAACUUCUCCAUGAUCCAGAACCUUAUUGAUGGUGAUGCUACAAUGUGCCCAAGCUCUCAUUCAGUAUCGAUGCAGAUUACCGACAUCCACCUCACAGCUGACGUCGCACAGUUCCUCCCCUGCUCCCCUGAUGCCAAUCUCCCCAUCAGCUGGAGCUUCUCUGGUAAAAUCCUUGAGCCCGGUCCCCGACACAUUCUGCUCAGCCAGGGACUCGUUUUAACACCUUCCUUCACUGAUGAAGGCAUUUACACCUGUGAGACAGUGGAAGUAGUUAAAGGCAGAGAGCACAAGAAGGCGGUGAUCCAGUACCAUGUUAAGAUGUCAGAGGUGGGUGGGGUAAACUGGUUUCAGGCUAUAGUUAUCUACAUUUUAGCUUCUGUUUGUGUGCUGUGUGUAAUGCUCAUCAUCUAUGUAUGCUGGAAGAAGAAACCUCAAAACCAUGUUGGCAGUGCCAGUGUGAGUUAUGCUAGCACUGAGCAACCAGAGGGGAAGACAGAGUCCUGCAACUGUGGGACUGACGCUGAUACUAAGAAAACCAAACCAACUAGGGUCAAAGAGAGUUCAAAAUCUACCAUUUAAAACAGGUUUAUAGUUUGAUAACAGAACAACCCACUUCUGUUACACUUUGUGCAUCACUGCCAUCAACUCUGUAAAAAUAAAUGACGAAAAUGAUUAAA